UUUAUAAAACUGAUUAGCCUGAGUAGUUCGGAUUAAGCAGGUUGCUUUAUGAAACUGCAGUCGAUGAUAAAUAUGUUCUCUUGAGAAACACUCUUUGGUUGCAAAAUGUGCACAAACCACAUUUAAUUCCUCGUGUAAGAUAGUCCAGCAGGCCGACAUGUGGACCAGAGGGACAGGUGACUCGGUUACCUGCGGCGGCUGAAAGUCUCUUUGUUGUCAGAGGAUCUAGCUCAACUUCAAAGACAUGAAAUGCGUCCAUGUCUGUGUGAAACCGAAUCCUGAGGACCAGGCUGCAGCUGCCCUCCAUAGAAAACGAGACAAGCCUGCUCAAUUGUGCGAAGCUACCAGUGUUGUGGUAACCCUCAGCUGAAAAAAGGCCUUUUCAGGGUGGAGGCAGCAAACUGCAGCCAGGACCUGUCACAUUACUCUCAGCUCUACAGUGGAAUGAGUCACCUGAAUACAUGCUGUGAGUGAGACAAGACCAAAACGCAGGGGAAGAAGGACGCCUCGGCAGCAGCAACAGAGUCUAACUUCACACUUGGGAGACACUUUUUCCUCUCGAAUAUAAAAAGGGGGUCGCAUCCGCUUGUCGCUAGAGAUUGUGGUAAGACUUUGGAUCUGUUUGAAAAAGUUAGAGCACAAUGGAUAAGGAUGCUCUGCUGGACUACGAGUACCCGGACCUGGAUCCUUUGCCAUCCAAAAUUGAAGCAGAAGUAAUCCCUCCAUGUGACCCUACUGCUGAUGACAAUCUCUACCACAUAUGCAUCACUGCAAUAUCUCUUGUUGUCAUGCUGAUCCUAGCAAUCUUAGCCAGGCGUACAAAGGUGGGCAACAGACAGAAAGGCCUCCCAGGUUUACUCAGUCCGGUCAAUUUCCUGGACCAUACGCAGCACAAGGGCCUUGCAGUGGCUGUGUUUGGAGUGCUCCUGUGCAAACUGUGGGGCCUGAUCGUAUCACCAAACCCCCUCCCCUUCACAACACAGACAGAGAAUAAACAGAACUGGGUGAUUCUGGGAGUCUUCUACUACCCCGCACUAUACUACCCUCUCCUGGCAUGUGGCACUUUACAUAAUAAAGUUGGCUAUGUACUUGGUAGCCUCUUGUCUUGGACGCACUUUGGCAUUUUGGUCUGGCAGAAAAUUGACUGUCCCAAAACACCUCUGAUACACAAAUACUACUCUCUUUUCUCCAGCCUGCCUCAGGUGGCUUGCUUGGCCUUCCUUAGUUUCCAGUAUCCCCUUCUUCUGUUCAAGGGCUUAAAGGGCACUGAAAAGAACAAUGCUACUGAGGAUCUUAGCAGCAGCUACUAUAAAGACUAUGUGAAGAAAAUGCUCAAGAGGAAGCCCACCAAAAUCGGCACAUCGAGCACAGAGACGCCCAGACUUCCUCAAAGAAUAAGUGAUGCUGUGAAGUCUUACAUUUAUACACCAGAGGAAGCUUUCCGUUUUCCCCUGAAGUUGGCUAUAUCUGCUGUAGUGUCAUUUAUAACCCUGUACCAGGUGGGUCUUCUACUGAUCUCGGCGGUGGUGCCACCUCUCCAGACUGCCCGUUCGGGAGUCGAUGAAGACAUUGCCAACGUUUUAGCUGGUUUCAAGAUUAUGCUUUCUCCAGACAAGCAUGAAGUGGUUAGAAUAGUGGUUUAUUACAUGUGGUGUGUAGAAGUGUGCUUUAUCUCAGCAAUGACCCUGUCUGCUUUGGUCAAUCUGGCUAUGCUCAUGCGGUCCAUGGUUCUGCAUCGGUCCAACCUGAAGGGGCUGUACAGGGGAGAUAUCUAUAAUGUUUACAACUGCCAGAGAAGUAUCAGGGCUUCUCGGCCAGCACUGGUCUGCUGGAUGGGAUACACCAGCUUCACGGCAGCUCACAUCUUCCUCGGUAUGAUCAUCCAGACUAUGGUGUUCUUCCUCUGCCUUCUGAUCGCAGUCUUCCUCAUUAUCAUACCAGUCCUGCACAGACAGAAUCUGAUCCUGUUUCACAUCCUGUGGAGCAUGUGGCCCUUCUGGCUGAUGAUUCUCUUGGCAGUGUUGAUUCAACAUAUCACUGGCCGGUUUUGCUUCAUCAAGAAAACAGCAGGCACUCAAGACCUAAACAACAGGGGUAAUCUGUUCCUGCUGACGUACCUGCUGUUUCCAGUCAAUGUUCUGAUCGGGGUGCUGUUGGCGCUGUGGCGCAUGAUCAUCACAGCCCUGUUCAACAUUGUCCAUAUGGGACGCACGGAUAUCAGUCUUCUUAACCGCAAUGUGGAGGCGUUUGACCCAGCCUACCGCUGCUAUGCUCAUUAUCUGAAGAUUGAGGUGAGCCAGUCUCACCCUGUGAUGAAGGCCUUCUGUGGGGUGCUGCUGCAGUCUGUGGGCCAAGAGAACAAUGCUGCACAGGGGUCACGGGACGCUGAAGAGGGGAUCCAGCUGGUCCAGCAGGAGAAGAAGCAACACAAAGUGUCCAGUGCCAAGAGGGCCCGCAGGCACUGGCAGCUCCUCUACACCCUGGUCAACAACCCCUCCCUGGUGGGCACCAGGAAGCACUUCAAGCGUCAAACUGCAGGGAGCUUUCUGAACGGGAGCCUCAACCACAGCUCAAAGGAGGGGAGCAAACAGGAAGCAGCAACCAAGGAGGCGGAGGCUGCUGCAAGUAACUGAACAGGAAUGUGACCCUGAUUAGGGAAGGCUGCAAAAUCUCUUUUGGUUUUGGGAAAAUUCUACAGUCAUAUUACUCCUAACCUACUGUAGAUGUGUCUGCAUUUGGUAAAGUAAAUGCACUUAUGGUUCAGUGUCACAUGUAGAAAUACUCACCAAGCCUUUCCUGUCCAGAGAUCGUGUGUGCGCUCCUCAUGUUCUCCUGGUUGUUUAUAUGUGAGUCUCCAGUCUGGUGGGAAAGUGCGUGAGUGGCUCUGAGAUCCUAUCCAAACACACUCAUGUAAUUUUCAGUGCGCUUAUGUGCUUAUUUUGGGAUAGCACUCAAUUGCUGUAUGUUUCAACUUGUGUGUUAAUCAUAUGUUUUCCAGCAUAUUGUUAUUAUCAUAUAGUUCAGAUAAUGCAAAUUUGUUGGUACCCAAACUAAACACAUAGAUGUGCAAUCUGCCGAAGCAUCCUUUUAGCAAGGAUCUUAUUAAUAUGCAGAUCAUUUCACUAUUUAUCAAUAAGCUGUUUUCAUAGACUGGGUAAUACGUUUUUCCUGUUUUCAGGUGACUUUUUGUGUAAUUAGUAAUAGCUUGUGGAACAGGAGCUACCAGACAAACUAUUUGUAUCUUCUGUUUUAUUUGGAAAUCUUUAAGUUUAAAACCACUUGCUGCUACCAGCGUUUUAUUUUAUUAUUCAGAACUCUUUUCCAGUUCCUGCUGUUCACAGACAUUACAUUGUUUGUCUCUCUGCAUCCACCGGCAUUUAAAACAACACCCGAAUCUUCCUUCUGAUUACUGUGAAAAUAAAACUGUCAAAAAUG